ACUAGAGGGAGGGUGAGACAAAGAGCAGCUUAUCUGGAAAAUUUCCUGAUGCAGACACUCAAACUAACAUAAAAACUGAAUUAUUUAUCUCAUAUUUGGGCGAUUGAAAGAAGAGAAGGCGGAACCGUUUGUGACCCGGUUACAUCGCGUAUUGCUGCAUCCAGCCUCUCACACUCGCUGUUCAGACCCAACCUCGACUGGAAACCACAAUGUCGGAUUGCAGAAGGGAGUGGAACCGGGAAGAUGAGCUGCCGGUGUACUUUGCUGGACCGAUCAUCACUGGACCGAACCAGCGCAAAAGCUACGGGAUGUUUGAUUCUGUGGAGGGAGCGUUUGAAAGCAAGACCAUCGACUUCGACAAUUAUGCAGUUGGAAGGAAAGGGGGCCGCACCCCGAGGAGCGGAAGCCGGGAGAGAAUCCUGGACAUAUGCGACUCCACCGGCAAGACCUCUGGUGAGGCCCAAAUGGGCUCACGGACCACCUCUCCAGGGGGAGAACAUGGCUCUCCGGGAGUCGAGACUGAGCUUUCCUCGGGGAUGGAAAACACACAUGGAACGGGUGAGAGCUUGCUGAUUAAAGGAGGUCGAGUGGUCAACGACGACCAGUCGAUUUACGCAGACGUGUACAUUAAAGAUGGAUUGAUCAAACAGGUAGGGGAGAACCUGGUUGUCCGUGAUGGCAUCAGAGUGAUCGAGGCAAAUGGCCGCUUGGUGAUCCCAGGUGGGAUUGAUGUCAACACCUGUCUGAUGAAGUCCUAUCUUGGUGUACGCCCUGUUGAUGACUUCUUCCAGGGCACCAAAGCAGCUCUUGCAGGAGGCACGACAAUGAUAAUUGACCAUGUGACCCCCAAGCUUGGGGACAGCCUGCUUAAGGCUUUUGAAGUCUGGCAGGAGGCUGCGGACAAGAUGGCGUGCUGUGACUACUCCCUUCAUGUUGACAUCCCUCAGUGGAAUGAUUCAAUUAAAGAUGAAUUGGAGACGCUGGUGCAGGAGAAAGGUAUUAACUCAUUCCAGGUGUACAUGGCAUACAAGGAUGUGUACCAGAUGACAGAUACUCAGCUAUAUGAAGCCUUCUCCUUCCUGAAACAAAUUGGUGCCGUGGUGUUAGUUCACGCUGAAAACGGAGAUUUGAUAGCUCAAGAACAAAGAAAAAUCCUCGGGAUGGGAAUCACAGGACCUGAAGGCCAUCCUCUGAGUCGUCCUGAAGAGGUGGAGGCUGAGGCAGUGUUUCGGGCAGUCACCCUUGGAAACCGUGUGAAUUGUCCUGUCUACAUUACUAAGGUGAUGAGUAAGAGUGCAGCUGACACCAUCACUCAGGCCCGGAGGAAAGGUUCUGUAGUCUUUGGAGAGCCCAUCACAGCUAGCUUGGCCACUGAUGGUUCACAUUACUGGAGCAAAAACUGGGCCAAAGCUGCUGCUUAUGUCACUUCCCCUCCUUUGAGUCCUGAUCCCACAACCCCAGAUCACCUCCACACACUUCUGGCCUGUGGAGACCUGCAGGUGGUGGGAAGCGCUCAUUGCGCAUACAGCACCUCUCAGAAAGCAAUCGGUAAAGACAACUUCACACUAAUCCCAGAGGGCACCAACGGAGUGGAGGAAAGGAUGAGUUUUGUAUGGGACAAAGCCGUGGUCAUGGGGAAGAUGGAUGAGAACCAGUUUGUGGCUGUCACUUCCAGCAACGCUGCCAAAAUCUUCAAUAUAUACCCACGUAAGGGUCGUAUAGCGGUGGGCUCUGAUGCCGAUGUCGUCGUCUGGGACCCUGACAGCACCAAAACUAUUACAUCGAAACAGCAGCAGUCGUCUUCAGAAUUUAACAUCUUUGAGGGUCUGGAGUGUCGUGGGGCUCCAGUGCUAGUGUUGAGUCAGGGUCGGGUGGUAUUUGAGGAAGGAGUGCUCCAAGUGCAGCAGGGUACUGGACGAUUCAUCCCUCGCAAACCCUUCCCAGACUUUGCUUACCAACGUUUAAAGUUCAGGAACCAGAUCAAAGACAAAGGAGUCACUCGUGGGAUGUAUGAUGGGCCCGUGUUUGAUGUCGAUCAAACCCCAAAAUAUAUCACCCCUUCACCUUCGGCCAAAACAUCACCGACCUCGCACCUGCCUCCACCAGUACGCAACCUUCACCAGUCCAACUUCAGCCUAUCAGGGGCUCAGUAUGAUGACAACAUCCCUCGCAGGUCUGGCCAUCGUAUUGUAGCACCCCCUGGAGGUCGCUCAAACAUUACCAGCCUCGGUUGAAGAUGCACAAAUAGGGGUUUCGUGGGGAUUCACCAGUGUAUGUGUGUGCAUGCGCUAUGUUUCCCUAUUCUACAGCAAUGUGAGACACACAAUCACACCAUAAAGAUCUGCCUUGUAAGAUCACACUGAAAGAACAAAUGCACAUAAUAUUAGUGAUUUACAAUCACUCAAAUCAUUUGAGCAUUAAAAUUUACAUGCAAACUCACUUUAAGAUGAUGGAACCACUUCUCUAUUUACACUAUAAUGCAGUCUUCUUUUUAAUAGCACAAUUUCCACUAAGCGUUCCCCACAUGUGCUGUUACAGCUGGUCACUCCAUCUCCUGGCCUCUGUAUCCACAUCAUCAACACCUGUGCAUUUAAUGUGACUCGUAUAGAUCCUUUUUGCACGGACAUCAAUUUAAUACAUUUUGGUUAUGCACAUUUUUAUUCAGAUGCUAUCUGUAAGAUUUGAGCACCUUUUGAUGUUUGAAAAAUAAUCUGAACACUGCAAACAUAAAAAUUACAAAGUUGAACAAGGCUUUGAGCAUUGCAAUAAAUACAAAGUAAUUAAUAUAUUGGUGUUAUAGUUUUCUGCCAACCACAUUUUGUUGUUCUUAAAGUUAAUUUAACUAUUGUUACUAGCAAAAAAAUAGUUUAGUUCCCAUUUAAUUUUUAUUGAAACAUUUCCGCAGACUGUUUUCGCUUUAACUUUCCUGAUUUUUGUGAUGUUGUUGGUGGCUUUGUAUAUACUGCAUUAUUUAUUUAUUGUUGCCACUUUACGUUGCUGUUGUCUGAGCCAUUGUUGAUACAAUAACAAUAAAGACUUGACAAAAAUGGGGAGUCCAAAAACUUUCUUGCAAGUGUACACACUCAUUGACCACAUACAACACACCGGGAAACUACUAAUGUCAAGUUUAUUUACACAACACUUUCACAACAGCUGCAUGCAGCUAGCAUGACAAGAUUAUAGUACAUGUGUUAUUGUUGUUGGUGAAGAUGUGUGUAGUGUAUUUUUACGACACUUUCUUUUUUCUUUUGCUGUUUGAGCCAUUGAUGAGACUAUAACAAUAAACACU